AUGCUCCGCACACCAAUCACCCGUUCUAUGACCCAUUCCCUACUCCGUCCAAUUCCUCCGCAAUUCCUCCGCCCUCUCACCCCACUCCCCCACCCAAAAACCUUCACCACAACAGCCCACCCGCAAAAGAAAGCCGCAGCAAAGUCCUCAAAAGCGCACCCCUACGGCGACGAUAACAGCGCGCAAGGGAAAACACGCGAUUCCCCCUUCGACUACGCCGCGCACUUCGAAUCCCUAGAGGCGCAAUGCAGCGCACACAUCGACAAGCUGAGAACGGACAUCGCGAAGUUGCGCGCCGGCGGGCGCAACGACCCCGCCACCCUCGAAAACAUACAGGUCGUGCUGGACAGGUCCACUGGCGCCAGCGCUUCGCUGCGGGACAUCGCGCACGUGCUGCCCAAGGGACGGUCGUUCGUUGUUAGUGUUUAUGAUGCCGCGAAUGUCAAGUAUGUCAUAGCAGCGAUACAGAAGGCGGAUUUGAACGUUCAGCCCAUGCCCGAUCCGAAGAAUACGCAGUUGAUCAAUGUCCCGUUGCCCCCGCCGACGAAGGAGACAAGGUCGGAGAUCGCUAGGAUGGUGGGUAAGGCGGGGGAGAGGGUGAUGAAUUAUUUGAGGUUGGCGAGGCAGGAUUCGCAUAAGCUGAUUAAAGGGCUCAAGAAGGAGCGGCCGGAUGAUAUUCGGAAGGCGGAUAAGCAGUUGGAGCUUGUUAUGAAGAAGAUUAAUGCUGAGGCGAAAAAAGUGAUCGAUGAUGGUAAGAAGGGGGCUUUAGAAAAUUAAUUAAACAGUGGAGUUGGCACAGCUGGAGAUAUCCCAGGACCAACAUGUCUAUAUAAAGGAGACAAGGGGUUGCGAUAGUCUAAAAAGAAAGGGUGAUGGAAAAAAAAUACGAAUAUGAAUUUUUGGUUUUCCG